AGAGCUAUUAGAGCUGAAACGUCUCUGCAAACACAUCCACCCUGAUGUGAGGAAAGAGCUGGAAAAAGAUUUCUACAAUGAUGAGGACACUGAAGCAGUAGGAGACAGUUCAAGAGGUAGCAUACCAGUUUGAACACACUGGCAGCAAUUCAAACGGAAGCCCGGAUCGCGAAUAUUUGGAGUGGGAUGAGAUUCUGAGAGGUGAAGUGCAGUCCAUGCGCUGGAUGUUUGAGAACAAACCUUUGGACUCCAUUAAGAAUGACUCGGAUAAUGAAGAGGAUAGCAAAAAGAUCAUUCAGCAGGAAAUCAUCGCUGGAGGUGACGUUAGGAACACAGCUAUGAUGUUCGAGAUGCAGCCCAUGGAUACACUGGGACUGCAACAUGAUUCAACUAAACAGAACUAUCUAGUAAAUGAAGUGGGGAAAAGAGAUGUUCGUGCGGCCGCUUGGUUGUUCGAGACAAAGCCGAUGGAUUCGCUAAAUAAAAUUCACACUGAUGAUGAGCAAACCAAAGAAGUCAUCUUCACACAAGAAGCCACUGAAGGGGAUGUGAAGUCUGUGAGGUAUAUGUUUGAAAACCAAGAAAUGGAUUCUUUGGGAGACACGGAAACCAUGGAUGAGAAGCAACUGCUGAGCCUGAAGUCUGUACUAGAGGAGAUCAAGUCAGAAGUGAAGAAAGUCAUAUGGAUGUUUGAGACGCAAUGCAUGUGUGUUAUGAGGGAACACACCGGUGAAAUGGUUCUGAUUACUUCUGUCCGUCGAGAGGAGACGGAGAAAGGGGAUGUCAAAACAUCAAGAUGGCUCUUCGAAACGCAGCCUUUGGAUGACAUUGACAUUGAACUUUCUCAGGUCAGGCUCAUCUCCAGUAUAUCCAUGGAAGACAACCAGCUGGACGGUGUGAAAAGGGGAAGGUGGCUGUUUGAGACCAAGAGACUUGACUCCAUAACCGCCCAGUGGGAGAGAAUGCAACAGCGGCAGAAAGAAGAAAUUAUUGGGGCAGAUGUACGAAAACACUGCAUGGUGUUCGAGACGCAGCCUAUGGACACGCUUAAAGAUGAUGCCAACUCCAGACCUGUCACCACAGAACAGAUUAUUGGAGGUAAUGUUCGCUCUGUGAGACACUUAUUUGAAAAUGCUCCACCGGAUGAACUCAAAGAGCUUCCUGAGGUGGGAAAACUAAAUAAAAAGGCAGUGUUUGAAGAAGGAAAAGGUGAUGUGAGACACCAGAAAUGGGUGUUUGAGAAUAAACCGCUGGAGAAAAUCAAAGAUGAGGAUGAUGAGGUAAACCGACUUAAGAAAACCAUAGCGUCUGAUGAAGAAAGAGGUGAUGUGAGACAUCAAAGAUGGCUGUUUGAAAACCAACAUUUGGAAGACAUUCAAGAGGAAAAGAGGCAGUUCAUAAAAACAAUUGAUUCUGAACAAAUAGAUCGAAGUUACAAGGGUGAUGUCCUCAGAAAUUGUUGGGUGUUUGAGACGCAACCGAUGGAUACGUUGAAGGACGAUUCCAAUGCCAGGCCAUUAAGUGCAGAGGAAAUUAUUGGAGGUGACGUUCAAUCUGCCAGACACUUUUUUGAGACUGCUCCAAAAGAUGAGAUGAAAGAGCUUGCAGAGGUGGGGAAACUCAAAAGAAUGAUGACAUCUGAGGAGAAGGGAGAUGUUAGACACCAGAAGUGGCGGUUUGAGAGCCAGCCGCUGGAGCAGAUCAGAGAGGAGAAAAAGGAAAUAACAAGAACUGUGAAUCUUGAGGAUAUCGAAAAUGUGGACGUAAGCAAUUACAAGCAAAUCUUUGAAACAUAUGAUUUAAGCCAAUAUGACGAAAGUCAGAAGAUUCAAGUUGAGGGUGUAACCACUGGCUCUGUGAGAUCAAAUAAAGAUUUAUUUGAGUCUAUGCCAUUGUACGCUUUGCAAGACAGUUCCGGGCAUUACCACGAAGUCAGAACCGUACGGCGGGAAGAAAUCGUCAAAGGAGAUGUCAGAAGCUGCCAGUGGAUGUUUGAAACUCGCCCAAUUGACCAAUUCGACGAGAGCAUCACUAAAUUCCAAAUCAUAAAGGGCAUAACCCAACAAGAGGUCGAAUCUGGAGAUGUCAAGACAGCAAAAUGGCUUUUUGAAACCCAGCCUCUCGAUGCCAUUAAGUAUUUUAGCAAUAUUGAAGACGAGGAGUGUGUUACUAGGGAAACAGCAGAAAUAGUGAAAGGUGAUGUUAAAACCUGUAAGUGGCUUUUUGAGACCAAACCUAUAGACAUGCUUUAUGAAAGGGAAGAGUUUAAGAGUACAAAAGAUUCUGAUGAAAUUCAAAAAGGGGAUGUAAAAACAUGCACUUGGCUUUUUGAAACUCAAACCCUUGAUGCCAUACAGGAUAACUCUGAGACAGUGUUGCAAACUCGCACUGUGAAACAAGAGGACAUUCAUGGAAAAAAUGUCCGCAUGGCGCGUUUCCUGUUUGAGACAGAAAACCUGGAGAACAUUGCUGGAGAAGAGCAGGAAGCUUUUAAGAGUGUGACUGAGAUAGACAUACAAUCCGGGGACGUGUCUCGGAUGAAAUACAUAUUCGAGACCCAAUCUUCUGACAUGAUGAGCUCAACCUCUGAGGAUGUCAUGAGACAGCUGAGGAGUGCUCAGGCUGAGGAUAUUCAGAAAGGAAAUGUUGGAAACUGCAAAUGGCUAUUUGAAAACCAGCCCAUAGAUGCAAUCUCAGAGACCCCCAGCGAGCUGAAAGGAGCUCGAACAGUCCAAGAUGUUCAGGGAGGUGAUGUUGAUAAAGGCAGAUUCAUUUUUGAGACCUACUCGUUAGAUGAGAUUCAAGACACGUCCUCUGAGGCUGAAAUGAGAAGGCUGCAGAAAGUCAUUAGAGAGGAUGAGGAGAAAGGAGAUGUAAAAACUUACGCCAUGAUGUUUGAAACUCAGCCUCUCUAUGCCAUCCAAGACAAAGAAGGCCAUUAUCAUGAAGUGACCACACUUACAAAAGAAGAAAUACAAAGAGGUGAUGUAGUAGGAGCCCGCUGGCUGUUUGAAACAAAGCCUCUGGACUCAAUUAAAGAGACAGAUGAAGUCUACCUCUUAAAAGCUGUUACAGAGGAAGAUAUCCACAAAGGUGAUGUCAGCUCAGCGAGAUGGAGGUUUGAAACCCAGCCCCUUGAUAAGAUUGCAGAAGAUGCCAAAAUAUCAAUCAAAACUGUUGAGGACAUUCAGGGAGGAGAUGUUAAGACAAACAAGCAGCGUUUUGAAUCUGAUGCAAUGUCUCAAAAGUUGGUACGUACUGUCAGCAUGAGUGAGAUUCACAAAGGGGAUGUUAGGACAGCAAAAUGGAUGUUUGAAACUCACACAAUAGACCAGAUACAUGCUGAAAAGUCAGAAGAUGAGAUGAACACUGUUGUUAUGGAGGAACAGCUGAAGGGGGAUGUUAAACAGUCUGUGUGGCUAUUUGAAAAGAAUCCUCUUGAUCAUAUUAAUGACAGUGAUGAAAGUAAACAGGUAACUUGUGAAGUCAUCCCCAAAGCAGAUGUAAAAACCACAACGUGGCUUUUUGAAACAACGCCGUUCACUGAAUUUAAUGAGAGCAACUUAGAGAAGCCAGAAGUCAUUGGUAAAAGUGUCAAAGCCACCCUCGAUGAACUGUACACCCAGAGAAUGGUAGACUCCAAAGGCAUCAUCAUAGAGGCAGAUGAAAUUGGAGACAUUCGCAUGGCUAAGUACAACCUCAUGAAUAAAGAAGCUCCCCAAAUCCAAAGAGAAGACAUCAUUAAAGGAGAUCUGCAAAGCAUCAUGAUUAACCUCCUCGACAGACAGGAGAAAACAGAGAAGAAAAUCAUUAUAAAUGCAGAGGAGAGGGGAGACAUCAGCGGCACCGUGCAACAGCUGCUCCAAGAGCACAGUGGCACUUCUGUAGAGAAAGAGGAGAUAAUAAGAGGUGACAUUCAGGAAGCCAUAAACAACCUGCUGAAAGAGGAGAGCACUGGCAAACGGGGCAUUCUCAUUCAAGAAGACGAAAAGGGGGAUAUUCGUAUGACCAUCUACUCUUUAUUCAAUUCUCAUGAGGAAUCAAACACUCAGAAAGAAAAUAUAGUCAGAGGUAAUGUGAAAGGCUGCCUAGAGAGACUUUGCAAUCCAGACACAGAGGAGAUUGCGAGAAUUAAAGUGGAUGAAGCAGAAAGGGGAAAGGUGAGCUUUUAUUCUACGUGUAUUGAGUCUGGUGCGCUCGAUUACCUCAAAAAGCUGCAGGUAGAGCCAGAUGAGGCCGACCCAGAUAAAAUUGAAAAAGAGGAAAUCAUUGGUGGUGAUAUUAAAGAAAUGAAACUCAGCCUGACACGUAAUCAAGCUCAAAUCGGUCGUCUGGUGGACAGGGAAGAUAUAGUCCCGGGCGAUGUGCAUAACACAGUUAAGGUUUUCAUGACCGAGCCUCCAGUCUCAUUUGAACAUUUACAGAGAGAAGAGAUUGUGAGAGGAGACCUGCAAGCAGUGAUGAAUUCACUGACACAGUCUGUAAACCAGGCCGUUGUUUUGGAGAAAGAAGUUGUCGUUCGAGCUGAUUUACCUACAACACUGAGGUCUCUAGAGGAGGCCCAGAAUCAGCCCAGAGACGUGGAAAAGCCGGAAAUCAUUCCUGGUAACAUCAAAGGAGCACUGAAAUCACUCAAAGACUCAGCUUCCACCAAGGUGGAAAUUGUCAUAGAAGAUUUAGUGCCAGGUGACAUCAAAGGUACGUUGAAAUCGCUGGAGGAGGCCAAAUAUGCAGUGAAAGAAGUGGAGAAGGAGAUGAUUGUAAAGGGUGACAUUCACACGGCAAUACAGAGUCUACAAGAAGCGUCAAAUGAGAGAAAGGUUUACCAGCAGGAGAUUGGUGUCCAGGGAGAUGUGAAAGGCAAGAUUCAACUCUUACUCGAGCCUCCUCCAUCUCCCAGAAUGCAACGCAGGGCAAGCACAGAGGGAGAUGUGAAGUUUUCCAUAAAAUCACUCUAUGACACCCAAGAGCAAGUGCAAUCAGAGAAAGAAGAGGUGAUAAAAGGAGAUGUUAAGGGCACAAUAAAAUCUUUAAUGGAAACAGCACGGAGAGCGAGCCCAACAAUUCCCAGAAGGGAGCCGAUAAGAAAGGUCAAAGUUCCCGUCAAGACCUCAUCUCCGUCAGUGAAAGACAUCCCGGCAGAGAGUCCUACCCCUGUGGUCAAAAACCUUGAUGUGAGCAGUGAAUCACAGAGGAGCACUCACAAGCAAUCAACGCAAAACAGAUACGCAUCUCAAGAGAGUACUACAAUUACCGGCCACACCACAACAUGCAACCAGGAGACAAAGACCACAGUGUUGGAGCACAAAACAAUUGUACAAACACACGGUGUCAAAACAUUAAAGACUGACUUCCGCAACCUCAAAAAAAGUGGCUGUAAGGGUUUAAUCAGGCUGGAGAAAAGAAAACAGAAGGAAAUGUAUAUGCCACCUCCUCCUUCUGACCCCGAACCCCCACUACCUCCCCCUCCAUCACCCCCUCCGGAUUAUGAUAGCAUCUUAUUUCCCACUCCUCCUCCUAGCAUCAGGGGUGAUCAUGAUCUUCCUCCUCCACCCACUCCCCCUCCUCCUUGCGAUCCAGCCAAGACAGAACUUGACCAUUUACCUCCUCCACCAACCCCACCACCUCCUCCUCUUGUUCCAGCCACAGCUGAGCUAGACCUCCUCCCUCCCCCUCCCACAGAGCAGGAGCUAGACCUCCUUCCACUGCCCAGCAUAACACCAUCCAAACCUACUAAAAUGACUGUCAAACCCAUCAAAGCGCCAAUGUUGUGCAAAGUACCCAAACUUGAGCCAGCAAUUUCAUUCGAGAAAAUGGAUGGGCAGGCUGCGCAAGAGACCAGGUGUAGAAAAAAUGUCACCACAUCAUCGGUCAGUUGCACCGUGUUAUCCUCUGAAAUUCAGUCUGCUUUUACAAAACAGCCACCGGAGUCUCCACGGCCUCCCAAGAAAGUUUUCGCCCCCUUGACACUCACCCCGCCCGCCUCUCCUCCUCCACCGUGCAAAUCCCCAGUAAGCAAAUUCAAAACCCCAUUAAUACAAGCCGAACAGAAGUACAGACAGCAGAGGGAGGAAAGCUGCACGCCACCACCGCCGCACACCCCGGCCUUUGAAAUCCGUAUGCACGAGUCAGUCAGCGCAGCCCUUGAAAUGCUUUCUUCAGAGAGCACGGGCACGGUGCAAUCAGAGGCAAGCAUAUCAUUUGAUUUCACUCAAGAGAGAGCUCAAAAGAGUGUGACCAAAUCCGAAUCAGCCGCAGACUCAUAUGAUUCAUCCAAGCACACAGCUCUCUCAAACGCUCCCCCAAGCAAGGCUUUGAUCGCUGCUGCAAAUGAGAAAUCUCCUCCAGAAUCUCCUGUUAUUUCCUCAGUUAAACAGGGCAUUAUCUCUAAUCAGUCAUCUCAGGGCUCUUCAGGUCAGCAGCAGACCACCUCCACUUCAACUAAAAAGAAAAAGAAGCGAUCCAUGACAACUAAUAUACAGCAGGUGACGAGGACGGUUAUUAAAAACACAACACAAGAAGAAAUAAAGGCCUCUGUCAAAACAGACGAACCUCAGAGUGUCUCUAAAAGUGUAUCCGAGACUGCUGGAAAAGAUGUGAGCAGCAUAUCUUUAUCUGAGUACAAAACAAAAGAGGAAAGCUCUCCAAAGAAAAAUCAAGAAAAAAACUCCCCUGAUCGAUCCAAACCAAACAAAGAGAGUCAAAUUAAGGAUGCUGAGCAGAAGCCACAAAAGGUCGACAGUCAAAAGGCAAAGAAAGUUAGCAAAAGCAUUAAACUGGAGAGCAAGGAGAAAACCACAGCGGAGCCGGAUAAUGUUCAAGUGAAAGAAAGCAUUGAAAGAAGCCCCACUGAAACAGAGGGUAAAGUAGAGAAAGAGGCCAAAGUGAAACCUGUAGAGGAGCCCCCUGCCACUCCAAAAAAGAAAAGGAGGAGCAAGAAUAAGAAAGACAGAGAGACAGCUCAAGGCAACAAUGCCGCAUCCCUCUCGCCCACAGAGGCCACGCCUGCUGAGCCUAAGUGGCCAGUCCUGACAUCUGAUAAAAAACAAGAGGAAAUCACUGUUGAGCAAGCACAGCACUCCAUUCAAACGGGGGACACAGAGGUUUACAAGGAGGUCAUCAAAACUGAAAGUACAGUCCAACAGCAGAGUUUCCAUGAGGAGGGCCUGACUGUGAAAUUUCAAAAGCAGGCCGGUGGAAGCCAGCAGAUUUAUGAGGAAUCAAAAGAUGAAAGCAGAAAUGUUCCAAUAAAAAUGACAGGGAAAUCUGCACAAAAGGAGCCUGCUGAGUCCUCGGCUGAGAGUAGCAGCACAUCUCUAAGUCAAGCCUGA